CCCCUCCUCUGGUGUAGAGUUCCAUGAAACAGAAAGUCAUCUUUCACACUGCCAUUGCUUAACCUACGGGAGAGAGCAACAAAAUGACAGAGAAUCAGGAACUGUUCUGUUGCUCCAUCUGUCUGGAUCUACUGAAGGAUCCGGUGACUACUGCCUGUGGACACAGUUACUGUAUGGGCUGUAUUAAAGAAAGCUGGGAUCAGGAUGAUCUGAAAGGUUUCUACAGCUGUCCACAGUGCAGACAGACCUUUAUCCCAAGGCCUGUUCUGAAGAGAAACAUUGUGCUGACUGAGAUGGUGGAGAAACUGAAGAAGACAGGACUCCAGGCUGCUCCCCCUCCUGCUCUGUGCUAUGCUGGACCUGGAGAUGUGGUGUGUGAUGUCUGCACUGGGACCAGAAAGCAGAAAGCCCUCAUGUCCUGUCUGGUGUGUCUGGCCUCUUACUGUGAGACUCACCUCCAAUCUCACUAUGAAUCUCCUGCUUUCAAGAAGCACAAGCUGCUCAAAGCCACGGCACAACUACAGGAGAAGAUCUGCUCUCAUCAUGAAAAACUGCUGGAGUUUUACUGUCGUACCGAUCAGCAGUGUAUCUGUUAUCUGUGUACAAUGGAUGAACAUAAAGGCCAUGAUACAGUGUCAGCUGCAGCAGAGAGAACUGAGAAACAGAGGCAGCUGGGGAUGAGUCAGCAGAAGGUCCAGCAGAGAUUCCAGGAGAGAGAGAAGGAGCUGAAGGAGCUCCAACAGGCUAUGGAGUCUCUCAAGGUGAGUAUUGUUGACCAGAGGAGACACACCAUUUCACUUCUCUCCUCCAGUCAGAGAGAGAGAGAGAGAGAGAGAGAGAGGGGCCCCUAUCCAAUCCCACUGACCCCACUGUUGGGAGCAGGCUGUCUGGGCCCCUUCAGAGAAUAGACUGGUUCAUGUAACCGACUGGGCUGCCUCAUCACAUAAGCAUGAGUAACCAUGACGACUCAUGUCCCCUAUACAUUAACAUGGAGCUCUCUCUCAAUUCAAUUAAAUUCAAAGGGCUUUCUUGGCAUGGGAAACAUAUGUUUACACAUGAACAGAAAUUAACAGUAAAUAUUACACUCACAAACGUUUAAAAGGAAUAGAGACAUUUCAAAUGUUAUAAUUCUAUUGGAAAACAUAGUUUUUUUGUUGUUUCACAAAGGUGGGGACUUGAUAUUUGUGAUAUUUGUGAUAUUUGUCUGUGUUUCUUCUGACCAGAGAGAGUGGGCGCUCCGUGUCACGCAACUUUGGUCAAGAUCUGUUUCUUGCUUUGCUCUCAGGAACAGGGGACCAUUGAAAGGAGUUUCAGGUGCAACGUUUAUGGUCAUGUUAGGAUGUAUCAGUUAUCCUGUUAGAGUCUUUGUGUUGAAUCCACUGAGCUGUUUCAGGUGCAACGUUUAUGGUCAUGUUGCAGCAGUUUGUAGGAGGGAGAUGAUGUGGGAAGUGUGCAGGAGGUCAGGAAAUAGAGGAUUGUGUAGUUUUGUUGGAUAAAGUUGUUUGUCAACUGUAGGGGUGUCCAUGUUGCUGGGGAUCAGAAGUGUCCAGUGAGAGAGAGGCAGGUUGAGGUGGAUAUAGUCAGAGUAGUGCAGAAGGUGUCGUAUGCUGAGGCAGUGAAGAAAGUAGAGGAGGAUGGGUCAAGGGUGAAGGAUCCUGAGAGGAUCCCUGUGAGUAGUAGAUCUGUGCAGCACAGAGGGAUGGGCCAGCGAGUGAUAGAUGUGAGUAGGAGAUCUGUGCAGCACAGAGGGAUGGGCCAGCGAGUG